UAUAAUCAAUUGACAUCUUCGAUUUUGAUCGAAGUUAUCGAUCAUUAUGAAAUAUUUUCAUAUUGUUUUUAUUUGAUUUUAUUUUGUUAUUGUGAUAAUAAUAAUAAUAAUAAUAAAAAUAGGAAAAGAGUUUUGAGUUUUCGCGAUCAUAAUAAUAUUGAACGUUUGAUAUAAUCAAAAUUGAUAAGGAACAUUAAUUAUCAUGCGAUUGAAAAUGAUCGGAAGAUUAUUUAUUAUAUUUCCAUUACUGAUAUGGAUCAUCACGGAUCAAACCCUAGGACAACCAAACGAAUCUGUGCCUUCAAUUAUCUUAGGUGGCAUUGAAAAUGUUGCUUCUAGUGCUACCAAUUUUCUCAAAGAUAACGACCCAAAUAGUCGAGUCAAAGGUGCAACUAUCUGUUGCAGUAUCCAGAGUCGUGAAACGACAGAAAGACCUGUUGCAUCGCAUGACCGAUACCGCUACGGAUUACAUCGUCAGUGCAGUGGAAAGACCGAGAAAUUUAUUGAUCAAUGCGACCAGAGCUACUACAGGAAUUAUCGAUAGUGCAGCAUCCAAAGGAUUAGAAUUUAAACUUCGUAGAUUCAUUGAGAAGUUUCGUUCACGAAUGCGUUAUGGUAUACCGGAAUUGGAUAUACCACCCCUUGAACCAUUCAAUCUCGAUGGAAUUCGCAUCGACACUGAUAAUCCGGAAAUUGGAAAUGUUAGUGCCGUUAUCACAGAUUUGACACUUUACGGAUUAUCAUCAUUCCUGAUUGAAAGUGCAAAACUCUCUCUGAUUGGUCCAACAAUCUCCGUAAAUCUUCUAUUUCCGGAACUUUAUGCAACCGGUAAUUACAACAUAUCCGGUAUACUCGGUCACAUGUUUGCGCUGUUUGGUUCUGGUCCAUUCAAAGCAACGAUUUACGAGUUUCGUCUUAAAGUGACAGUAGUUGUUGGUUAUUCAAGGGGUUUGUAUAUCAAAGAUUUCGAUUUUGACUUUACAUUGACAUCAGUUUUGUUCGAUAUCGAAAAUUUUAUGGGUGGCGAUGAAAUUGGCAGGAUCAUGAACAAGGUCUUUCAAGAACUCACUCCGCAAGUAAUAGAAAUCAUUAAGCCAGACAUACUCCCAGGAAUCAAGAGUUACGUGGCCAGUAGAGUCAACGAAACGAUCCAACAUUUGACCAUGAGAGACUUGUUUAAUAUUCUCUUGGGAGAAAAUGAAAUUCGUGAUAUUGCUCAUCUAAUCAUACCGUGAUAUUAAAUUA